AUGUCAACUGAUGAAGAAAUUCCGGCUGUUUCGGAUGUUGAAAAUGCAAAAAAAUCUGAUGGUACAAGUACAGCUGGUGAACAUAAUACGGAUAAAGUAAAUGAUGCCGAACUUGAAGAACAAUCAAAUGAAAAAUCAAUAACCGAAGAAGAAGAAGAAAAUCAACCUGAUGAUGAAACAAAAAGAGAAAAUAAUAAACGUGAUAUUAAUAAAAUUGAAAAAAAUAAUUUAAGAGAAGAACAAGAAGUAGAAGCUAAACAAGAUGAAAUAAACGGAUCUAUGAAAACAAAUAAAAAAAUUAAAAUUAUUGAUUCCACAACAGAUGAAAAUGAUGAAACAGAUUCAGAAAUACCUAAGGAAGAACUAACUGUUGUUUAA